UGCAAAGUGAAAGAAAGAAUAACAAUAAAUAAAGAAACAAUAAAUAUCUUCUAUAAGUGUAAUACAAAGCACUACACUUUGAAGGAUUGUUUUUUGCAUGAUUUUGAUCUAUUCAAUAUACAUAUACUGUAUAAAGUAUACUGAAUAAGAUUUACUUAUUUAUUUAUUAGUAUAAUUUUAUUUUUUUCUUCUAUAUUAUGUAUUGCAUUGAACUGCUGCUACUAAGUUAACAAAUUUCACAUCACAUGCCAUUGAUAUUAAACCUGAUUCUGAUUCUGAUUCAAGAACAUGAGAUGAAGAGUCCUUUAAUGUGAGUCCAUAGGUUGUGGGAACAUUUUAAUGAUGGGGCAAGAAAAGUUGAGUGAAUUUAUCCCCUUUGGUUCAAGAUCCUGAUAGUUGAGGGGUAAUAACUGUUCCUGAACCUAGUGGUGUCAGUCCUGUACCUUGAUCCUGAUGGCAGCAGCAAGAAGAGAGCACGGCCUGGGUGGUGGGGGUCCCUAAUAAUGGAAGCUGCUUCCCUGCAAUAACGCUUAAUGUAGAUGUACUUAAUGACAGGGAGGGCUUUAGCCAUGAUGGACUGUGACGUUAGCACUACACUUUGAAGGAUUGCCUGUUUCAAGGACAUUGGUACACAUUAUAGAUGCACAUCUAUGGAAAUUUGUCAAGGUUUUAGAUGUCAUGCCAAAUCUUCGCAAACUCUUAAGGAAAUAGAGGCACUGCCAUGCUUUCUUUGUAAUUGCGCUUACAUGCUAGGCCCGGGACUGGUCCUUGAAAAGGAAUUGAAAGUUGCUGACACUCUCCAUCUCUGAUCCUCUGAAGAGAACUGGUUUCCUUCUGACAAUAAUCAGUUCUUCAGUCUUGCUGAUUGUGCAGAUGGAGAUUGUGAAGGAGAUAUUGUUGCCAAUCUGAACUGACUGAGGUUUGCAAGUGAGGAAACGGAGGACCCAAUUGCUCGAAGAGGUAUUGAGGCUAAGGUCUUGAAGUUUAUUGAUUAGUUUUGAAGGGAUAAUGGCAUUGAUUGCGAAGCUGCAGUCGAUAAGGUACAUCCUGAUGUAUGUAUCUUUGCUGUCCAGAUGUUCCAGGGUGAGUGAAUAGGCAAUGAGAUGGCAUCUGCUGUGGACCUGUUGUGCCGGUAGGCAAAAUGGAGUGGAUCCAAGUCAUUUCUCAGGCAGGAGUUGAUAUGUUUCAUCACCAAUCUCUCGAGACACUUCAUCACAGUGGAUGUUUGGAUAUGGCCCAAGUGCGGAGUGAGAGACACUGAAGCAGGUCGAUAGAUCACAGACUUUAAUGCAAAUAGUGUUAAAGGGAAAAGAAAACAAUAAACACUAGGUCAAACAGGGCCGUUAACUAAAACUCCCAAAUGGAAAAUGAAGCCUACACUGUGGCUGAAAAGAACAACUAAGAAUUAAACGAAUACCGCCAGUCUCCAGAGUCAGUUGACUCAACAGUCCAAUUUCUCAGGCAAGGUGGAAUGCAGGCAGCAAAGUGUUGCUGUGUCCAAGUCUCGACAAGCACCACGACAGAAUGAAUGGAGUUAAUACUAUCACAACGAAGUAGUAAUUGCUGACAUGUGCACUUGCUGAAUCUGAUGCGCUGCCGAAUCCGUGGUUGUGACAAUCGCUGUCCAUGUGAAUCAGAAGCCACUCACCAAUUUUGCAUGAGUACCGUUGCUGAUGUCAUACGCAGCAGCUUUACGACAGAAUGAAAAUGCUAAACUGAAAGAAAAUCCUGUGAAAAAGUUGGGAGUUGGAUUUCUUAAGACACCUGGAAAUGCUUGCAAAGUUGCUCCGCUUUGCGUCAGUCCCAUGGGACAGUGGAGGACUUCCUUCCAGUCAUUUCUAUGGGUUGUGAAGCAACGGAAGAGGCCAGUGUGGGAUCUGUACAUUCUGCCACAGAAGAUGUCUGCUAGGGGGACUGAAUGGUUCGUGAGAUGAUUGGGAGGGAAACACAUAGCAACAUGGUGAAGUUCAAAGAGAUUCCCCAGGGAACUAUGAGAGUUGAGAAUUCAGAAUGGAGUCUCUUCAACAUAGAGGAAAAUGGACACAGAGUUGGCAUCAAUUGUGCAGGAUAGCACCAUUUAGUUCACAAGCUGCUGCCUGCCUUGAGGACAUACAGAUUUCCAUUUCUUGAAAGUGAGAAGAAUUAAAGGAAAUGCAAGAACAAGAUCACUCAGACGAAGCAGGGUUGUGAUGGAGGGUUAAUGAUUGGGCCUCUGUUCAGGCCCGAGCCUUUCCUAGUAAACUAUGGAUGAAGUUAUAGCUGUAUUGUAUGUCCAAGGUGAAAAUUAGUCAGAUGGACCAGCAAACUGGAACUGUCAAAGGAGCAGAGAGUGUCAAAGCUGUUGUAGCUGUAGAUGGGAUGAGUAAAAAAGGAAUAAAUUCUAGUGAUUGAAGAGAAAGUCACUGCAAUUUACCUCCUACUUGUGGCUGACGAGUGCCCCCUAGUGUCAGGAUUCCACUCAUCGGGAAGCACAAAGUGAAACUGCACAAAGAAUCCAAGAAAGACUAUGCUGGGACAGAUUCUCCAUGAGAUCAGUGUCAUGUUUCCAUUUUUCAAAGGGAAUUACAAAGGCUGGAAAGAUUCUGUCAGGCACAACUUGUCUCAAAAUGACUGCUUUAUCAAAGUUUUGAAUGAUCCUAAAAGGCCACAAGGAAAAGGAAACUACUGGACAGUUGAUGUUACUCGCAUCCCACCUGAAGCAUUAAAAAGGCAAAACACCUCUGUCUCGAGGCAGGAUGGGAAUAGCUUUGCAGCUAAUUCUACUGCAUAUAUCCAGGGUGGGAUUUUGGGUCUUGCAUCUUCUGAAGAAAGCAGCAAAUUGGAACAAGUGUUGGAAGCUGCUGGCCCUUCAACUGCAUUUCCACGACAUGGUGACAGCAGGCUAGAGAAUUCCUUCUCCAUUGAAACAUUGUGGAACAGUUUGGAAGCUUCUGCGUCUGAAAAGGACAAGAGCUACUCUGGGCCCUCUGGAUACUGCACAGAAAAGUCCUCAAAUGAAGAUCCUACCCAACAGAGAUUGGAAUUGAACUCCUGGCAUCGUCAACCAGUCACGUCUGAGAAUGCUCAGUGCUCCUCAUCACUCUCUUCCUCACCAAGGGCUAAUCAUGGUGUUCAGUUUCACUCACCCUUAAGCACUUCGACUUCCAGUCCUUCCUCCAUUGAGGAUGACUCCAAUAUUUCCCAACAAGAAUCCCCAAGUAGACCAGAGUCAAAGCGCCCAAGAUUAUCUGUGGAGUAUGGCAUAUCCGCUCCUGUUUCCAUCUGGGACAAUCAUUGCUCCAGCUAUCCAGAGCCAGCGCUUUCAGUAAGGCCCUACAUGCACUGGGAGUUACCAACUUCCUACACUAAAUAUACCCCUCCAAAUGUAACACUGCCACCCACCAUGAGCUUGCCGUAUUCCACAUUCUUCCCGUACAAUAAUCCAUCAGGCUUGUUGCUGUAUCCAUACAGGCCAACCCAAUUCUUAAGCAGGCCGAACUGGCCUUUUCACCCUGAUCCAUGUUCUGUGCCAUCGUUGCGACCAUCACCUGUGCUGGAUUUGGACAGAAUGUUUCAAGUUGUCCCACCAAAUAAAAGUGUCUUUGAUGUCAUGUUCUGCCCUGCUGGUGCUAUUGGCUCUGCAGUGCCACCUGGUGCCACCAGUCUAAUGAGAGCUCGAUACAUGCCAUUUGAUUACUGAGAACCUUGUCUGUAUUGAGGGCAAGUUGUAUGGAAACUUUUAUAUUUAAAAAAAAAAUCAAGUUUUAAGUGUUUUUAUGAAAUUCUUGCACAUAUGGAGCAUUGACUCUAAUGUUGCUGUUAAAACUUUUAAAAUAAAAUUAUGUGAAUUCUUGGAAAAUUACUGGAAAUCUUUUGGAAUUGGAGAUUAGGAAUGCAAGUUGUAAGAUUUUUAUGUCCUCCAACUCUGUCAGAAAGCUGCCAUUGUAUAGGCACGUUGAAUAAAAUGUUUGCAUUUACUUGUACCCUACCUGGUAUUACUCUUGCCCUUGGGAAGAUCUGCUGAUCAGAUGAUGCACCCUGGGCAAUGACGUGCUACAUUCAUCCCCUGAACUCUGCUUGUGGCUGAGGCUGGAGGAAACAUUAAAGGGUGGAACAUGCCUGUUAUGCUGUAACUAAAUGGCAUCCCAUAAUCAUUAUUAGUGUUUUUGUGUGAAUGAUGAUCACACUGGGACUGGAGGACAUCUAUUGACCAAUGAUACACGUAACUGAAGCCUAGCAAUACUAUAGCAUACAGAUCAAUAUUGGAAGGAUAAUUCAUUUGACUGGAUUAAAGCGCUGAUGCUACCCUUGGAAAAUGAGUGUCAAUUCUUAUUGGCAUCAGUAGAUGUGAGGGUCAAAUUACUCUGUGACAGAUGGGCACAGAACUUAAGUUUUUGCUUGUGGAAAACUUGCUUAAAAAUACAUCAGCACUAUACUAUGCUGGUUUCCUGUUCACUCAGCUGUGAUCUGAAGGCAAUUUUCAGUCAAGAGCCAACACCCAAAAUCCCAUGAUUUCCUUGAAUACACUUGUUCUCCCAUUAGUACAAAAAUAACCUCAAUCUCUUUCAAUUUAAGAUCAAAUCAACACAAAACUAAAGAGAUUAUCUCCCUCUCACCUUAAGGGAAUACAAGCUAAGUUUCUGCAACUUUUUGCAUUUCUGUUUGCAACUUCUAUGCAUGACAUUUAGUAUUCUGGUAAAUUCACUAAGACUCUUUAAGGUGUUGUUUACAACUAAUACAAUGCUACUCAAGGAUUUUCCUUGAAUCUGAAGCAAUGGGGCCAGGAACACUAUGGAACUUGCACGUUUCUCUGUCUGGGUAGGUUUCUUCUGAGUAUGCUCUAAUUUUUGUUUUCCCCAACCCUCACUCAGCCCCAUGUAUCAAGUACCUACCUACUAGUUGGUAGGAUAAUGACAGUAUGUAAAGGGGAGAGGAGAUUGGAUUGGUGCUGGAUAUAUGAAAGGAAAAGUAGAAUUGGUUUGGAAUUGGGAGAACAGGAUUACUCAAAGUUGGCAUUGACUUAUCCAAAUAAUUGUCUGUCAUAAGAAAUACGAAUAUAAACUUUAUAGCAGGAAUACUGCAUGUUUGACAUCCAAAUCAAAAGCUGGGUACAGGAAUCACGAAGGGAGGUGUGCAAAGAUUGCAUUAAGAUCACAGGUGUUUUAAGUUGCAAAUGUAGGGGGAGGAGGGAAAAGGGAAAUGUAUAUAUGUGGUAAACAAAAUUUAUCAAGAGAACAUUUAAUUUUGUUUUAAAUGGCUGUUAAGAGAAUAGAGAUAGAAGAGAAAAAAUUGAAAUCAAAAGGAGCCAUGUCUGUGGAGAGGCACAAAAGGGUAGUUACUUGAGAUGUUGAGUGUUGUAAUAAUCACAGAUAAGAGAUGGAAGCUGUUCCUCGAAGUUUUGUUAGGUGUCCUAAGGGAAGUAAAGAUGGAGAGAUCAAAGUGGGAAUAGAUUUAGAGAAUUAAAGUAAGUGGCUGGAAGCUUAGUCACUAGUCACCAAUGCAAACUGAACUGAAGAUGUUUAGCAAAGCAGUUGGCCAAUCUGUUUGGUCCUUCCAUGUAAUGGGAACCACAUUGAACAUCAGCCUCAAAGCAUUAUAUUGAAAGUGCAAAUGAAUGUUUGCUUCAUUCUAGAAGGGCUGUUUCUGCCUCUGUGUGGUGUCUGAUUUCCAAUUUGGAUUUCUCACACUAUUACUACUUUUGUGUGAAACUGAAAGGUUGCUCAUGAGAAAUUCUCAAUAACAGUGUAAUAUAUUUAAUAAUUCAUGUUUACACUUGGGUUUUUAUUAAU